ACCGGAAACUAUGGGGAAUCGUCGCUAUGGUAACGAAUGAAACUCUGCAUAGAUUAGCUUGUUAGCAUCCGACUGACUUCUUUAUUUCCUCUUAUGUUUUAGCUAGCGCUAUAUUAUUGACUUGCGAUGGAGGAGUGCGAUACAUACCUCAUACGACCUAAUCAUCAGUACAAAUUUAAACCAGCCAUUGUGAAGGAGUGUAUUCGUGAAAUUGUGAGCGAGCGACUGUCUGGAAUGAGGUACGACCCAGAAGAAGUCCCAGAGCUGUCCCGAUCACUGGCAGACUGCGUUAAGGACAGAGUGAAGAAUGCGGGGUUUGACAGAUAUAAGCUUGUCGUGCAGGUGGUCAUUGGAGAACAACGAGGACAAGGAGUCAAGAUGUCAUCAAGGUGUUUGUGGGAUGCUGACUCAGACAACUAUGCAGAAGAUGUUUUCAUGAACGACAGCUUGUUCUGUGUGGUGGCAGUUUUCGGAAGUUAUUACUACUGAGAACAAGCGGAUGGAUGACAGAGAAUACGUUCAGAUGAAAGGAAGCGAGGGGAACAUCCAACAGAGCCGGCUCACUGUUCGCACUUCGGGCCCGCAGUGCGUGGAUUAGAUCGAACAGUAUGUACUUGCUGCAUCUUGAGAUCAGCUGGAUGCAUCUUGAGAUCAGCUGGCAUCCAGUGUAGAAGGAGAUACGGAUAUCUGUGCUGAUACUGUAGAGAUUUUAAAAUGAAGGAUUUCACCAGGAUUUCCUGACUUGGCAGGAUAAUUAUUGAAGACUGAGGCUUCUGACCAGUUCUGACUUAAAAAGUCCACCCAAUAUUUCUGGAAACAUUUUCUUGUGUAUUCAGUAGACAUGCUAGAAGAAUUGAAUGCUUGUGUUCCCAACUGAAUGUACUGCAAUACAGUGCGCAUUUGUACUACACUUUGGGUGCUUGACUUAGCACAGCAGCUGCAGUAGAGGUCAGUAUUUGUCUCUUGAUUGUCAACACCAUGACGGAUGAUUACUGUCGGCCAGCUACUGUAAUUAUACAGGAUUUGAAGACUUUACUAGAAUUUGAACCAUUGUUUGUGCAUCACCACCUGUAUGAUCAUAAACUCUGCUCAUCCCUUUACAGAUAUUGCUACCUCUCUGUUGUGCUAUGAUUGAAGUCAUUUUAAAUCUUAAAUCAACCCUUAGUUUGAGUUUGACACUAUGAAUUUGUUUUCUUUUAAUGUGGGAUUCCUUUUCAGCAGUUAACACAUAUCUAACAGACAGGUAAUGUUGCGUGGUAUUUUGAAGACUAUAACAUUUCAAAAUCAGUUUCAAAAUCAAAUGUCCAAUAUAAUUUGAAUGAAAUGUUACCUACUGUGAUCUUUAACGAUGGUUCUUAUACUGUGUAUAGUGCUGUAACAUUAUACAAUCAAUAAAUUAGUCAAUUACAUUGACAUCAAAUCAUCGUUGAAAUGAUUUUUUCACUGCCUACUUACACAUAUUUCUAGCCAUACAGAAUUUCUUGGUUUGAAUUAAAUGUGUGAUUUUGGGUCAUAUUCGUCGCCUGGCAACAUCUGACUAUCCAGAUUGGGUUUUUUGUAUUUUUUCACAUGGCCAUUAUACUGUUUUCAGAAGCUCUCAGGUCAUAGUUUUGGGUCACAUGUUAAACUGUUGGCAGCCCCUUUCAGCAGACACAAAAUAGAUGCCCAGCA